CAGCUCUGUGAGGGGAUCCCCGCGCGCUCCCUCACGCGCGGAGCCGCCUCGCGCCCGUCCCCGCUGCACGGCGGCGGGGCCGGGGCAGGCGCGCGCUCGGCGCUGAUUGGCUGCCGCCCCCCUUCCCUCCCGCCCUGGCCGCGGGCGGCGCCGCUCGAAGUUUGUGGCCGCGGCGGUGCCGCCGCCGCCCCGUCGCCCGCAGGCUGAUCCCGGCUCUGCGCGCCCCUACCUCCGCUGCACACCGCCGGGUUCGGGCAGGCUGAGCGCCGGAGGGCGGCGGUCCGGCGAUGGCGAGGCGCGGGCGGCGGCGCUGAGGCGGCUGAGGGAGGGAGUCGGUCCCCGAGCGGGCGCGAUGCGGUCCCUGAACAUCACCCCGGAGCAGUUCGCGCAGCUCCUGCGGGACAACAACGUGACGCGGGAGCAGUUCAUCACCCUCUACGGGCUGCAACCGCUGGUGUACAUCCCGGAGCUGCCGGGACGCACCAAGGUGGCCUUCGUCCUCAUCUGCGUGCUCAUCUUCGCCCUGGCGCUCUUCGGCAACUGCCUGGUGCUCUACGUGGUGACCCGCAGCAAAGCCAUGAGGACCGUCACCAACAUCUUCAUCUGCUCCCUGGCGCUCAGCGACCUCCUCAUCGCCUUCUUCUGCGUCCCCUUCACCAUGCUGCAGAACAUCUCCUCCAACUGGCUCGGCGGGGCCUUCGCUUGCAAGAUGGUACCGUUUGUUCAGUCCACUGCCAUUGUCACUGAGAUUCUUACAAUGACCUGCAUUGCUGUGGAAAGACACCAGGGAAUUGUGCAUCCACUAAAAAUGAAGUGGCAGUACACCAAUAAAAGAGCUUUCACAAUGCUUGGCAUAGUCUGGUUGCUGGCUCUUAUUGUCGGGUCACCCAUGUGGCACGUGCAACGGCUCGAGGUUAAAUAUGACUUUCUGUAUGAAAAAGUGUAUGUUUGUUGCUUGGAAGAAUGGGCCAGUCCAAUCUAUCAGAAGAUAUACACGACCUUUAUUCUCGUUAUACUCUUCCUUCUUCCACUGAUGUUGAUGCUUUUUUUGUACACAAAAAUUGGCUAUGAACUCUGGAUUAAGAAACGAGUGGGAGAUGCUUCAGUUCUUCAAACUAUUCACGGGAGUGAAAUGUCCAAAAUAUCAAGGAAGAAGAAACGGGCAAUUGUUAUGAUGGUGACAGUGGUGUUUCUCUUUGCAGUCUGUUGGGCCCCUUUCCACGUGAUUCACAUGAUGAUAGAAUACAGUAACUUUGAAAAGGAGUAUGAUGAUGUGACAGUCAAAAUGAUCUUUGCCAUUGUCCAGAUCAUAGGGUUCUUCAACUCCAUUUGCAACCCCAUCGUUUAUGCUUUCAUGAACGAGAACUUCAAGAAGAACUUUCUGUCUGCCAUCUGCUUCUGCAUUGUGAAAGAAAAGGCCUCCCCAGCCAGGCAGCUUGGGAACUCGGGGAUCACUAUGAGGAGGCAAAAGCCAAGUGUUUCCCAGAGAGAGGCCACGGACUCGGACGAAGGCAGGAGGGAGGCGUUCAGCGAUGGCAACAUCGAAGUGAAGUUCUGUGAGCAGCCAGCUUCCAAAAGGAAUUUGAGAAGGCACCUUGUCUUGUUCAGCUCUGAGCUCACUGUGCACUCUGCACUGGGAAAUGGACAGUAGCGUGACAGGGGGGUUGAGAGCAGAACUUAGGGAACUUUCAAUAAGCCAUUUAAAACACUUUUCUACUUUGCAUGCUGAAGUAAGGCAGAAAAUAUUUUGUGGACUAUCAUAAUGCUGGUUGAGAAAAAUGUAAUAUUUAUUUUAUAAGGAUGAGGAGUAAAACUUCAGAAGACAAUAUUGCUGUAUGAUUUCCUGUGGGGGAUAAAAAUUGUUUUUCCUAAGCUAGUUUGGGACUUGUUUGCCCUAAACUGCUAUUGCUUGCUCUGUUUAUUCUGUGUCUGCACCAUACACAGCUGAAUGCCAGAAGGCAGGAACUAUGGAAAGAGUGUGCACUUUAUUUGGACAAUCUGGAAAUCUGAUGUGAGUCUGACAUUGUAAGAUCUGCUCUCUGCAACUGUGAGGACAGGGGAGCUUCAGAUGGGAGUUCAGGGAAGAUGCAGACUGAGAUCCAAUUCUGUUUCAGAAAAAUGAAAAAGGGGAUAUGAAAGAGCCAACAGUCAGAAUUUGACUCUGAAGAGACUGAGAUUUAACCACUGCAUGCAUGUUCAUAUUUUAUUAAUAGGAAGCAUAUUAGUAAUUAACGAUGCAUGCAAAAUUAAUGUGCUGUUUCUACAGGUUAAUUCUUGGGUACUGCCCUGAAAACUUCCCUGUUCUGCUGAAAAAUGGAGUGGUGGAAAAAGGGCUGCACAAGAGUGCGCAGGUGCUGGAGGUGUGGUCUGUAAACACUGAGUUUAACUCACAGUCUUGCUUGGAUAUGUGGCUGUUGGCUUGAAAGUGUGGUGUUGCCAUUUUUUGGAGGAUAAAAGGGUCAGAUCCAGAUCCUGUUGGGACUUCACAGACUUUGAAUUGAAUAUCCCAUUCUUUUGACCAGACACUUCUCUGAAGACAUGCACAAAUCUUUCUGUCUCUCCGUCAUCUUCAAAGGGAAUUAAUUGCUGUCAAAGAACAGGGCCAGUGUUCUGUUAUUUUUAGACUUCACAGUAAAUUACAGGGUUGAAAUCCACAUAAAUUCUAGUAAUUUUUCCUCUGUGGGCCAAACUGAAUAAUUGUAAAAGGUGUGGGGCUGGGGGAAAAGUGUGGUCUAGAAUCAUACACUCGAUCUAAUCCCAUAAAUGAAGUUUUGAAAUACAGAAUUUGCCACUCCUGCUGAGGUUAGGUUGGAUCCUUUAACAGCCUGUGAAAUGUCAGUGCUCUCUGUCAUCCCUUGCCUCACCUAUGAGACCUUGGUGCUCCCUUACAGUAAUUUAAGAUUCUUUUGGGGCUUUCUGCCCUGGAGAAUAGGGCUUAACAGUGGUUUAUCAUAGUUUUCCUCAGCAGUUGUAAAAUUUAACUGAUUGGUGGUGAGAACUAUGUGCUUGGACAGAAUCUGUGAUGGAAAAUCAAUUUAUUUUAAGCUUUUUGUUUAUUUGCACUGCUAAUUUCAGUGACAAGUUUUAACAAGUAUUUUACAAAAACUUUCAGGUAUUUUAUAUUUUUGUUUUGUCUUACCUGUUUCUUCUUUUGUCUCAUGAAAUAUUUUGUCAAUGAAUAACUGUUCUAGUAUUGUAUUUUUUUUUUCAUUAAAAUUCCUUUUUGGGUUUGUUGGUGCUGUUUUGCACUAGGGAGCACCUGCUGUAAACUUCACUCUUUGAGUUUCUCUUUGUUUAAAGAUUCAUGUAAGCUUAUAUGUGCCUCUUUAGGGAUUAAAUUCCAGUGCUGUUACAGGUGCCAGCUGUUACUGUGACCCUUAGAGCUGUGAUUUAAAGGGCUUUGCAGAAUAAGGUGAGAAAGGGGGAAAAAACCUUCCAGUCUCUUGGUAGAAGAGGCGUGAUGAAUGUUUCAGCACAGAUAUAUGUGGCUAUGAUUAGAUCAAAUAUAAACCAAAAUAGAGAAGACAGUUCUCGUGCUGUUCUUAAUACUAACACAGUGGUUUCCUUGGAGCCACGUAAUCUUUUGAGAAUUCAGAGCCACAGGGAAUAAAAGAACUAUUGUUGAUUGAAGCACAA